AUUCUAAACGUGAAGCAGAGGUGAUAGCAUCAGGUUAAUCUUAUGCAAGUUUAUUUAAUUGAUUUUUUUCAUUAUAAAUUGAUACUAGACCAUUGAUACACUGUUCUCCACAUUUCCUACAAUUCUGGGUCAAAUCUUACGACCUGUUUUCAAAAUAUGGCCGAAUUAAAAAUAUGAUACUUUCUCAGAUGCGAAAGAGGAAGCAUUUUUUGACAGUUGUGGAUAAAAUUAGAUGAUAUUGAUACACCAUUGAUCAUUUUUUUAUCAAUCUCUAAAUUUCCUUCCAAUUCUGGGCUAAAUCAAAGGUGCGUUUUGUUUAUUUAGAUUUUGGUGUAUCGAGAAAAAUAUCUUUGCGCAUGUUUAUUAGAGCAGAAGAUGAGAGAAGGUAAAACAUAUAUUAUUUCUUAUAAUGUUACUUUAUUUUCUAGUAAUGGCAUAUUCUAGCGUAAUAAACAAUAAACAUAAAUAAUAUUCUAUUUAUUAUUGCCGAAACUGAAUCCCACGAGGGUAAAAGUAUGAUGGUAAACAAUAAACUUUUACCGCAAUGCGGCUGGUGCAAAAUACAUUGGCGGCUUUCAAAUGCCAUAGUCUAAAAUACGUUAUUAGCUCUGAAUUGCCAAAAGCAACCAGAAGUGAGCGUGUUUACAGAAGUUGAUGGAGGAAUGGCAGUGCUGCCAACAUAUUUUGCCACAUGGCGGUAUAAAAACUUCGCUAUAUUACAUCUAUUCCUUAUAGCCAACGCUGAAUAGUGACUACAAAUUUUUGCAAAUUUAUUUUAUGGGUCAAUCAACAAGAAGUUGAUCAGCGUUGUGCACAUAUCGGUGAAAAGACCAAUUAUACGAUUGCGUAAUUUGAGACUGCAUGACAUCUAAUAAACACAAAAUUGUCAUCAGAACCGAUAAGAAGCAGGAGAACACCCAAAACGUUUUAAUGCACCAAAAAUUAAUGAAGUCGCUAUUGUCGUCGUGAGUGAAAAUUUAUAAAAUCGAGAUAUUGUAUUCUAUUGGCGGAACGAUCAACUGCAGUAUGAGUCUAAAACACAUCGAUCAUAUGAUGCAUUACAAUGUCCUAUUUUAUUUUGGCAAGAUGAAGAUGGGUAUCAUUUUUCAAUGUAGAUGAUAAAUCCAAUUACAGGUAAGUAACCAUUCCACCUUUACAGCCUUAAUUAAGGUACAAACAGUUAUUCUUAUUGGAUAAAUAGUUGUCGAUUUUUAGCCUCUCAUUAUACACUAUUAUUUGGUCUUGAUUCUGUGAUAUAACGAUUAUAGUAGAUUAGUGCAUUUUUUUUUUUACCUCAUAUCCGACCGCUACUCAUAUUAGGCGCUCUUGGCAAGUUUCCAGUUUGCCCAUUAUAAAUCAUAGCUCGCAUGAGGACAUCAAAUCCCAAUAAACAACAGAUUAAAAACAUUAAUCAAAGAAUUCUUCUUUUCAACAUUGUUGGAGUUAACUGUCAGAUAGAAUAGAAAAUGUAGCGAACGAUAAAUUGGCAGGCAUGUUCCGACGGGAAUUCACUUGUCAUCUCUGUUUGGAAAAUGGCUUUUCCGAUGAUUUGAUGUCGCACAGUUCCCUUGAUAUGUUGACAUCACCUGCGGUUUACCUGAAGGAUGCUUAUGCCUUAUGGAUUCAGUAUACUUCGUCUCACUCUUCGCGCAUAAUGCAUUCUUAUUAUAUUUCAUUUCGAAAAACCUAUCUACUUUCGGACGUUUUCGUAUAUAUUUCUUCACAAAUAAUUGAUUAUUAAUUUCUUAAUAUGGUGAAUAAUAAAAAAAAAAAUCAUUUUCCGUCCCACAAUCGUUAUUUACUUUAUUUCAAAUCACACAUAUGUGAACGUUUUGGCAAUUCGUCAUCUUCAGCAACUUCUUAAAAAAUAUACAAUCGAUAUAAUUUGUUUUUAAAUAUUGUUGGUUAACACUUUACAACCAACGUUUUAGUACUUCAGCUCAUUUUCAAGGGAAGAAACCUUUUUUUAAAAACCAAACAUCCCAGCCUUAUUACAUUUAAAUUCUAAUUAUUUUUAUAAUCUAAUUAGAGCCUACAUGAUUACUAAUUGUAGAUGAUAAAAAAGUAUCAUUAUUUCUAUCUAAAUUAUAUAUAAUAAAGAUAAUAUAAAUUAUUGAUAAUAUAAAAGAAUUUUGAAAAGGGAGCUGAUCUGUAUGAGGGUAUAAAUGUUACAAAGUUCGGAAAGAACUCUGUAUUCAAAAGAUGGACGGAAUACCGGACGGGAAGGAAGUUGAGUCCUUCUGAGGCCCUUUACUUCCAGUGGAUCGGAACAUUGAAAGAAGCCCGUACUGUAGACCAAGAUUAAGAAAAUAAUAUCUGUUGGGGCCGGGGUAUUUCAAAAUUAAAAAACAAACCCUUCCCCGGUGAGUUUCCUCAAGGUGAGAAAGUUCGAGCAAAAUUAAAUGUUGGGAAAGAAGAAAAAAUAAAAGGAGUAAAUAUGAGACCUGUAAAACAUAAAAAAUGCACGCACAUCAAAUAAUAAAGAAAAUAAAAAUACUGAAUAAAUCAGUAAUGGAAAAUAAAAAUCCACUUUUGAACGUAUACAAUUUAUAUUAUUAAAUAAAAGAGGUAUAUACAAAAGUUAAAAACCAAAAUAAACAAUGGUAUGAAAUUCACUGAAAUAAAUAAAAAAACACAAAACAUAAUAUUCAGUGAACAUAAACAAAUUAAGAAUUAUUUAUAAAACAAAAAUGAAAUCAACUUCUAAAAUUAUAAGUAAAACCAAGAGAAAAUAAAUGGCUGUUAAAAAGAAUAAAGCUAAUGUAAAGCUGAAACAAAUCAAAUUAAUAUUUAAAUGUUCUAGGUAAUGGUGAGAAUAAACAACGAGCCAAGUUGGAGGUUCUGCUUCCAACCAGAUUACCUUUUCGAUGCCACACAGUCUUUGGUGGGGAAAUAUCGAAUCGAUAGCCAAUUGAUCGUUCGACGACUGCCGAUGCGUCAAACAGCUGUUCUUUGAAAAUGGCGCUAGGCGAGGUGAGGUGAACCUGGAGCUGGGUGAAAAUGGUGGGGUAGACUUCCAACAAGAACAAAAGAUAGCCCCAGACUAGUAUUAUUAUAUAUUAUUAUUUCCGGCAGUAUUAUAGCAUUAUUUUGAUGUCUUAAUCCCCAUGACUGCCGGGCAGUAGGUGCAUAUAAAUAAGCGAACAACAUUGCGAAUGAUACCCAAAUAUAUAAAUAAUAUGAAGUUAAAUACAUUUCUUGAACUAUUAUAUUUUAGCUGUUAAAAAAAAUAAGCAUUUUUUUAUUAACAUUUAAAAGGGGUUAAUGGUGAGAAAAAUAAUAAUCGGAAGAAAAAUAAAAUGCGUAGAGUCGGGCGUUAACAAUAUCUGCUUAUAAAGUUUUGGAAUACCAUAAUUUUAUACACGUAUUAUAACUCAAAUAAACGUCAAGAGUGGAACAGACAUGGGUUCUCCCGGACUACUGGGUCUCACAGUUCCUCACAGGGCAUGGGGGUUUCCGAGCAAAGCUCGUUGAAUAUGGCAAGAACAUCGAUCCCCUAUGCCCAAGUUGCAGAGUGCCGGAGACCGCCGAGCAUAUCAUCCUAGUCUGUACCGCCUUUGAGGCACUGAGGGCUAAGUUGUUGAAGGAGACGGGGCUCUACGCUCUGACGGAGAGCGAUCUCCCUCAACUUAUGACAAAGGAAAAAUACCCGUAUUACAAGGCAUUCGUAUACGGGUGGAAGGAACUGGUUCGGUCAAACCACUUUUCAUUGGGAAGAAGAAAUGAACUUGUAUACGGAAGACCGCCAGAGAUGGUGGAAGAGGAUGCUGGAUAAAAAGAAAAAAAAGAGCAGGCUGUGUGCACAGCUGUAAAAAAUGUAAUUGGUCUGAAUGCAGCAGUGAAUUGUAACGAAUGCGUUGCUACUCACUACUGCAAACACCCGUAUUGCCUUAUCGGCAGGGUAGGGUGUAAAUAAAAUAACUCAAAUAAACUUAUAUUAAAAAGAAAAAUAUAUUGAUUUAUAUUUAUUCAACAUUUAUUGUAUUGCGCGUAUAAUUAUAGAUAUAUGAAACAUAUUGACUGAUUGUAUGUAAUAUAAAUGUGCUGCAUGGUAGUAAUAGUUUUUUUACAGCACACGUGCCGCUUUGCUUGUUUUGCUUAUGCAUGAUGGUAGCGCAUUGAGUAGCCGAACGAGCCAUCGCUUUCUUGGUUAUUAUAGCGAGAUUGUAUCGCAGGUGGUUGAGGAGAUAAAGUUUAACCAGCUGGUGCUGUACGAGACUUGCAUCGAGAAGUGGUCGAGCCAGCGGCUCAAGGUGGGCUACGCGGCCUGCGUCCUCAUGGUCCAGGCCGUGAUCCCGGCGCUGGUGGUCGGCUUGGUCCACGCCCAGAUCGCCGCCUACCUCAACGCCCACGCCAGGACCCAGAGGGACUCCAGGAGGGCUCAGCGCGAGCUCCAGAGGAACAGGAGGACAACCCUUUUACUGUCUGGUGUGGCGGUGCUGUUCGCCGUGAGCUGGCUGCCGCUCUCCGUGUUCUCGCUGCUGGCGGACCUGUGCCUGGUCUCUGCGGACUCGCUCUACGUGACGCUGGCGGCCUGCCACGUGAUGGCGAUGACCUCGGCUGUCUCCAACCCGGUGGUCUACGGCUGGCUCAACUCCAACUUCCGGAGGGAGCUGGUGCAGGUGCUGCCGCGGUGGUGCAGGCGGCCGGCCGUCGAGAGCAGCCAGGAACCCAGCCCCACCCUCCUCCUCUGCCAGAACGGCCAGAAGCCGCAGCACAACAACCCCGCCACCACCUACACCGCCCUUUGAGCCCUCGUCAGCUCGUCAAACAAGGGUGUGAAGUUUCCAUCAAGAAUUGGGCUAAGCCAACUUUGAAUUUGUAAAAUUAAGAGCUUCUUCCUUAAAUGUUCUGUCUAAUUAUUGUAGGUCAUAAGAGAACUGAAAAGUGAAUUUGAUUGUUGAAUUUAAUAUAUUUAAGGCAUGUGAAAUGUUUGUGAUACGAAUCAAGUGGGUAUAUAUUAUAAAUGUUAAUUGUUAGAUAGUGUCUACAUUUGAUGUUCUGUGUUGUAGCCAGGUUCUUCUUUUAUAAAUUGGUUGCGUUCGAAGUUUGAAUUUAAAAAAAAAAAAGAUCAACCUAAUUUGUAAAUAGGAUUUAGAAAAGUGCCGGCAAACAUGGAACACGUUAAUUUUCUUCUUUUUUUUUUAAUAAAUACCAAAAUUUGAUACUUUAUUUGGAAACAACACUAGUUAAAAUUGUAAACUUUUAAAAAAGAUGAUUUUCUUAGAUUAGUUAAAUAUUACUAUAAUUUUAUGGCAGUUAUCAUUCGAUUUAUACUUUUUAUGCAAUAGUAAACAUACUUUACCAUCAUAUUUUCCUUUAUCAUUUAUUUAUGAAUAAAUGCGCUUAUAAGUUAGUUACAUAAACUAAAACCACUGCUCAAUGUUAACAAGGUUACGCUUUGAAUUCGAUUAAUAUUUUCUUACAAAAUUUUAAAUAUAUUUUACAUAAAAUAAAAUACUUAUUUAAAUGAACUAUCCUUAUAUCAUUUUUUUCUUGUUUCUCCUACCCCCAUAUUUUCCUUAAAAAAGUCAAGGAAUUCAUAACAAGUUGAUACGUAGAAAUUCUAUCGUUCGAAAGGAAGCAAUAAAACCGAACUGCAUCGCUACACACUCUAAUAGAAGAUUGUUGUUUAUAUUUAAGUUUUUUCUAAAAAAUAAUUUCAACGUCAUGCUAUCGCAUUCAUGCUAACUAGUAUUCAAAUUUACUACUUUUUAUUAUGAAACUUAGCAGCUUUGAAUGAAAAUAAUGUUUACUGCUGAAUAAUUUGUUCUUCUUUUUUCUCAAUAUAUUUAAUUCAUAUAUUUAAAACACAAUCAUUGAUACAAUAUUAAGCAGAUAAAUAUUCCAGUGUUAAAAUUGACUAUGUAAUAUCUGUAAUAAUGCUUUAAUACAUUUUAUUUAUUUAUGCACACCCUCUAAAAUAAUGACCAUUUUAAUUGAAAAAAAGAACAACAAAUAAAAUGGUUGUUUUGUUUUCCAAAUUAGAACUGAAUACCAAAGAAUUAAAAUUUAGAUGUGAUAUAUUAAAAUAUUUUAAAUUAAGAGAACUUCUGAUUAAGCACUUAAAUGGUUCGCUAGUCAGUAUUUGUUUUUUGUUGUGCCCUACCUCGCCUUCGGCUAUGCUGGGGUUUUCCCGUCCAAGGGGUGACGGCGGGGAAUUCAAAAGACCCCCAAGACACCGGGGCGCGAACUCGUAAUUUUAUGGUCUACAACUUUCGAUAUCACGUUGCCAAGUAACGAGCUGUGCUGUGCACACACGUUAUCCCGUUCGGCCACCCCGCUCCCGCGUCAGUAUUGUGUUAUUUUUUAAUUGUUGCUACGGUUACAGCUUAGCAAUAUCAUUAUUAAUUUUUAAACAUUUAUUAUGAAUAAAUACCGAUUCCCAACGACAAUGAGCUUUAGAUCCCAAACGUCAGAAUGCUUCUUCUUGAAAUGAUAGUACCCGCCAUUUUUAACUGUAAAAACAGAAUUAACGGUUUUGACCAUGUCUAAAAGAAUACAAUUAUUAGGUGCGAUAUACAUACAUGUAUAUAUACAGAUAUGCAAUAUGAUCAUCACAGAUUUUAAUAUUGGUAAAUUCUGUGUUUCCCUAGUGGGAGUAAAAAGAUAGGACACAUUGAAUUUUAUAUAUCAUAUUGCACCUUUCCAUUUAAAAAAAAUGUAAUUUAUACAAUAUGAAUUUUGAAAGGUAAUCUACAACUAUAACAAUCAAUUCAUAUUUAAAUAUUUCGAAAGCUAAAUCUCCAAGCAAAACGUUUUAAGUAAUAAAUUAAUCCCCAACUACUUUUAUUAUUUAACUUUUGGAUGAUAGAAUAAUACUGAUGAUAGGAGGAAGAAUUAUUUCAACAACAGCUUGAUCUUUAAGGUAAAAGAAGAACUGUUUGGCAUAAUAUAUUUUAAUUAAAUUUUAGAAAACUUUUCUAUUGUUUGUAUAGAGAUUGUUGUUAAAUAUUAAUUAGUAUUAUAUAAUUGUAAAUAUAGUAUAUGUAUAUAAGAUAAAUGUGCUAAGAUAAAUAUAUAUACCCCUAACCACACAUAUAUAUAUAUAGAUGAGAUAUAAGGGUUGCUGUACAUAGACAACCGGGGUCGGAGGAAGGCGGGGGCUGAGCCAGGCCUGAGCUCGGACGCCCGAGAGCAGGUCUCCCCGCUGUCCCCCUUCCCCUAAACUUUAUACUCUAUAUGCACUAUACACUAUACACUGUACAUAUCUCUACUGUUGACUUAGUAUCUACUAGUUUAUAGUAAUAUUUAUCUAUAUAGCCCUUUAACCAUAUCUUGUUAAUCUUAUUAUUGUUUGUGUUGGAAUAAAUGUAUUUUGAAAAUGUAA